UGUCUACAGGUUUGGCGAUGGACGAGCUCACGACUGGUGACAAUAGUAUCAUCAAUCCAGGUCUUCUUCGAGUCUUUCGCGUCGCAAGAGUCGCCAGGUUACUCAGGAUCCUGCAGUUUGCAAAGGGAAUUCGCCAGCUACUGGUGGCGCUAAUCAUCUCUUUACCAGCUCUCUUGAACGUUGGGACACUCCUGUUCUUAAUAAUCUUCAUAUACGCCAUCAUUGGAAUGUCCACCUUUGGUCAUGUUAAGAAACAGAAGAACUUGGACGACACGGUAAACUUCGAGACUUUCGGCCGCUCCAUGAUGCUGUUAUUUCGCUUGUCUACAGGUGCGGGUUGGAAUGAUAUUCUAGAAUCCUUAAUGCUUCGCGAACCUGACUGCGAUCCAAACUAUGGGGGAUUCCCGAAUGGUAACUGCGGAUUUCCCGUAGGGGCAGUGAUUUACCUUGUGUCCUACAUCUUCAUAGUUUUCCUUAUCAUAGUGAACAUGUAUAUUGCCAUUAUCCUUGAGAACGUGAACCGAGCACAAGAAGGAGGGCUCGUCAUCACUAAAGAGGACCUCGAUGGUUAUUAUGAAAAAUGGGCCUCGUUUGUAACAGAUGGAAAGCAGUAUCUUCUGGUGGAUCAAGUUUCAGACUUCGUCGAUCUGCUUGACGAGCCUUUUAAAAUUCGCAAGCCUAACGAGCAGGAGCUCGUACGAAUGGGAAUCAAUGUACGGAUGGGUUACCGGGUGCAGUGCUUCGACCUUCUUCGCUGUCUGGUCAAGCGGCUUUUGGAGAAAAAAGGCGAAUCACCGCUUGCCUUUGAGCAAAUAGCGUCCAAGUUGGAAACUCAUUUUAGAAGACGCGGAGUCAGGAAGAGAUCACGCAUUAGUAAAUCCCGAUCGGGUUCCAAUGAAAUUGCCAGUGUCGACGCUUGCGACAUACCCUUCAGCGACGCCAUGGCAUCUCCUAUCACAACGGCCGAGAGCAACAGCAAUAAUAAUAAUACCGGAGAUUCUCCAUCAAGGAACACCUCAGUGCCGCGUGCAAAAUACCGUGAUCCAUUUUCAGCCGCUUUGAUGGUUCAAAGCGCCCUUAGGCGUUUUCUGGACAAGCGCAGCACGCGUGGCGUUGUAACGUUUCCAAUGUCAAAUGGAUUCUCCAAUGACAGCGUGCCUAAGUGCUCGUGCAGUCCUCUGUCUUCGAUAUCCAGCGAUCAGGAGGUCAGCGACUUCAUGUUCGGCCUCGACCUCACGCCCGGAACCGGAAGUAGAUCCCAGACAUCUGUUGAUAGCGUGCGUAGUAGUACAUCACCUGGAUGCUGGUCGUACGACCCGUUUGACUCAGAAGGCGAUAGCGUAUGAUAAUGACAUCGAGCCUGAGGAGGGCCAUUGUCAACGGCUGUAACAAUACAUGCCUGAAGAGUUAAGUGGGACUGGUCUUUGUGUUAAUGACAUGCAAUGACGAAGAAACAAUUAGAAAAAGUUACAAUGUCUAGUUAGUUGUACAAAAAUUUAUACUAUUGAUUAGAAAUAUGUAGACUAUUUCAUGAGUAUAGCGGCAAGCAAUUCGCUUCAAAAUUAGAUUGUAGUUUUAGCCAUUAACGAGUUUAUACACCUUCGUUUCAAAAGGUAUUCCUGGCGAAGUCUUGUAUGAAAUGAAUUUUUGUACAAUCAAUUUUAGUAUUCCACCAAGUCUCGUUCUGAGAGCAAGGUUAAGACCAACUCGGAAAUAGCCAGUAUGUGAAGGUUUUACAAUCAAACCGUAAGACAAGCUUUGAUCACAGCCUUGAGUACAAAACACUGCUUACAUACAAUACCCUCUUUCUUCAUUUACACUUUUAUAUGUAUCUACUGUUUAAUGGUGAAAUAAAAAUGUUGUUCAAGUUUCUCGUAAAAUAACUUUCUUGUCCUGCCUCCAUGGUAUUCAGUACCUGAAGGGGUGAGCAUUAUGACGUGAUACUGUACGAUUAGAUGAUGAUUAAAGUCCCAUACAGACAUCUAUUCGUUCUAGUGAACCUUGAUUGAAUCAAACUUAGUUUUCCUGACUACAACCAUCAUUUAGUCGUUCUCGUCAGAAUAUUUUAGCAUAGGCGGGCGCUUAGUACUUAACGCGCUACCAGACUUCAAAACUUCUGCUUAAAAAGUUUUCUUCAACCAUUGCAUUGCAUGUAAAGUUAUACUUAAGACAAUUAACUGCUCAUGUAAAAGGGUUGAAAUAUUUUAUUUGUAAAAUGUUUCGGAAAAAACGCAAAUGAUUGAAAUUAUUUCGAGGGUGAACCAUUUUUGUUAUUGCAAAGUUUGAGCCCCAAUCAGAAUACGCCUCAUAACAGACAUGUUUGCCAUUAUUAUAAAACUUUUAUUCUACAAACCUAUGUGAAGAGUACCAAAAUGUGUAUAUGUCUUGUUCGUCUUAUUUUCGAUUAGUCGCCACAUGUUCAGGGAGUUCAUCUCGCGAUGCUGCAGUAUGUAAUCAAAAUAACAGAAAGCGUAUCAUAUAAAUACUGAAGACAAUAUUUUCUAUAUCUCACGCUGAGCACUUGACAUGCACACAACUAUUUGAUAGGCCCUUUGCAGCCAGAAAAAGUCUGUCGAAUUAGGCAAAAUGACCAAGUUUGAGGCCCCUGGAAUUGAAAGAAUGGGAUUUUAUGACUGUUUGAGUUGUCAAAAAAUUAAGAAGACUUGUACGGAAAAAGUUGUUGAAGAGCAAGAGGUUGCUCUCGAGCAACACUUUCCGUAGAUAUUCCCAAAAUUGUCCGAAAAUUCAAACUGUUGUAUCAACGUAUUCUUUAAUGACAGGGGCCUCAAACUUAGCCAUUUUGCUAGUUUCGAUACGCUUUUUUCCAUUUCUGACAUUCUUUAAGUUAUGCCCAUAAUAUAAUUUUUCUUUAUAAAAAUGUUGGUCACGUGACCCCAGCUGCAAAGGGCCUACCAUAUUGUCUCCGUCAUUCAC